UCUUCCCCCGGCCGUGUUGUGAUAAGCCGCCGCGUGAAUCCAUCAAAGGCAUCCGAGCAUCCCACUGGAUCACCGAGUAAGGGAGGAGUAAGGGUGGGCUCGAAACCCCCCCCCCCUUCCCCCCUCGCUCUCUCUGCCGCACUACCUGAGCUCGUACAGUGCGGUUGCUCCACAUCCUCCAAGCGGACCUUCGCGGCGGCACACACGACGCCGGAGAGCCGAGCGAGGCUUGGGCUCGACGGCUACGAGCAGCGGCGCCUCCCCCAGCCUCUUUUCCCGGAGACCCCGCGGUGGCGUUUUGAGAUUUUCCCUUUUUUUUUUUUUACUCUCCGCUUUUGUUUUUGGUUGUUCAUCGAGUCGGAUAACGUAAAAAAAAAAAAACCCCAUCGGGCUUUCUUCGGUCAUCCCGUCCGUUCCCGACCGCUCGGCCGCGGCGUGCUGACGCCGGAGAAGCGGGGCGAAGAACGGCUCGUUGAGGAGGAGUAGUCAGCCGCCCCCCGCCCCUUUUUUCCGAGCUCGGAUGGUACCGCUGCAUUCAUGUCGUCGUGAAGGGAUUAUACACCGAUCAGGGUUUGUUAUUGACAGCCGUGCGCGUGCGCGCAUCAUGCAUCUGCACACAACUUUGGCCACGUCUCCUCUGCUUGUAUUUCAUUAGAGGGGAAAAAAAAAACAACAACCCGAGAGCGAAGCAUGCACCAGAGACGCUGCAGCCCGUCACUAAAGAGAGCCCGGGGCGGCGGACUUGUGUUGCCAGCUCAUUGCUAAAAAAGCUCAAGUGUUGCCUGGAAGCCAGGCCUUGUGCACUGCCAACCAGCUGUGUGGGGAGAACCGCCCCCCCCCCCGCACCCAUCUGAAAGACCGCCGAACAGAAGAAGGGGAAGCAGUCGUCGUCCCAGAUGGUGUUCCGAAAGUUGCCCGGCGUCUCCGCGUCGGGCAUGGGCCUUCGUCUGUCACAAAAGUUCGUCUUCUUGCUCUUCUUGUCGGGCCUCGUCACCCUUUGCUUCGGGGCGCUCUUCUUCCUGCCAGACUCGGUGAGGCUGAAGCGCAUCUUCCUGAACAAGAGCGAGAGCCAGCCGGCCACGGCGGCGGGUUCAGGUGCGGCGGAAAACGAUGCCGACGAGCGCCCCAAGAGAUCCCGGGACUUGGAGCACCCGCGAGGUGUGACCUCCGCCAAGGGGGAGAGCGGAGCCGCGGCGGUGGCCGGCGGGACCAGCGCAGGGGGAGCGGGCCCGGCCAGGCUUAAAGGACUCGCUCGGAAGACCCCGCCGUCCUACGAGGCCGCCGAGGAACGUCUGGCCGGUGGAAAAGCGCAGGAGGAUCCGCCCUUGGCGUCGGAGAAAGCUUCCUCGCCCGAGUCGGCUGCCGCGUUUGCCUACAAGAAGUUCCGGAGGUGUCUGCUGAAGCCGCCCCUCGGGAGGGACGGCGGCAAGCCUGCGGACCCCAAGACUGAGAAGCGGCGCGACAAAGUCAAAGAGAUGAUGAAGUUUGCCUGGGACAACUACAAGCAGUAUGCCUGGGGCAAGAAUGAGCUUCGGCCUUUAACGAAGAACGGGCAUAUUGGCAACAUGUUUGGUGGCCUGAGAGGAGCGUCCAUCAUCGACUCGCUGGACACGCUCUAUAUUAUGGGACUGUUGGACGAGUACGAGGACGCCAAGGAGUGGGUCAGGAGUGACCUGGACCUGACCUCGAACGGCGAAGCGUCGCUCUUUGAGGUGAACAUCCGUUACGUCGGCGGGCUGCUGUCGGCGUACUAUCUGACGGGAGAGGAGCUGUUCAAGACCAAAGUGCUGGAGUUGGGCGCAAAGUUGCUCCCGGCGUUCAACACGCCGACGGGGAUCCCGCGGGGAGUCAUCAACCUGGGGAGCGGCGGCAGUUGGAGCUGGGGCUGGGCGUCGGCCGGGAGCAGCAUCCUGGCCGAGUUCGGGACCCUGCACUUGGAGUUUGUCCACCUCAGCGAGCUCUCCGGCGACCCCGUCUACACCGAGAAGGUGAUGAACAUCCGCAAGCUGCUGAAUAAGAUUGAGAAGCCUCAAGGCCUGUACCCCAACUUCCUCAGCCCGGUCAGCGGAAACUGGGUCCAACAUCACGUGUCCAUCGGUGGGCUGGGAGACAGUUUCUACGAGUACCUCAUCAAGUCGUACCUGAUGUCGGACAAGAUGGACGAGGACGCCAAGAACAUGUACUACAAUGCUCUGGAGGCCAUCGAAAGCAACCUGGUGCAGAAGUCGCCCGGCGGCCUGACCUACAUGGCCGAGUGGCGGGGGGGCAUCCUGGACCACAAGAUGGGCCACCUGGCCUGCUUCUCCGGGGGCAUGAUCGGCAUCGGCGCCGACGAGGGCGCGCCCGACAAGCGGCGGCACUACCUCGACCUGGCCGCCGAGGUCACCCGCACCUGCCACGAGAGCUACGAUCGCUCGGCCACCAAACUGGGACCCGAAGCCUUCCGCUUCGACAGCGGCGCCGAAGCCACGGCGACCCGGCUGAGCGACAGAUACUACAUCCUCAGACCCGAGGUCAUCGAGAGCUACAUGUACAUGUGGAGGCUCACCCAUGACCCCAAGUACAGGGAGUGGGGAUGGGAGGCCGUGGAGGCGCUGGAGCGGCACUGCCGGGUGGAGUCGGGCUUCUCGGGGAUCCGCGAUGUUUACACCUUGACCGACAGCCACGACAACAUGCAGCAGAGCUUCUUCCUCUCGGAGACGCUCAAGUAUCUGUACCUGCUGUUCUCGGACGACGACCUCCUCCCCCCCGAGGACUGGGUGUUCAACACGGAGGCCCACCCGCUGCCCGUGGUGCGAAGGAGCUGCCUGCAGGACCCCUCGGCCGGCGCGCAGGACAAGAGCAAGCUCUCCGCAUGACCGCCGCCGUUGCCGUCCGUCUGACCGCGAGGCCCCGAGGGAGGCGUUCGAGUUCCUUUCCGGAAAAGGCCGCGGUGGGGUUUUUUCACGCUCGGAUUGUAUAUUCUGUCUUUUGCAUUGAUUUUUUU